AUGAAAAAAAAAUUACUAAUACCACUUAAAAAAUUUAUUUUCCAGAGAUGUAAAGAGAGACUGAAUACAUUAGCAAUAUCUGUAAUGAAUCAAUGGCCAGGAGUUAAAUUACGCGUCACUGAAGGGUGGGAUGAGGAAGGUAAACACGCACAAGAUUCGCUUCACUACGAAGGACGAGCCGUUGAUGUAACGACAAGUGAUCGAGAUCGUUCCAAGUAUGGAAUGCUUGCAAGGCUCGCUUUUGAAGCUGGCUUCGACUGGGUCUACUACGAAUCCCGAUCUCACAUCCACUGUUCCGUUAAAUCAGAAUCAUCAUCAGUAGGAAAAUCAGGAGGUUGUUUCCCGGGAAAAAGUCUAAUCCGAACAUCAGACGGCAGCCAAAAAGCGCUGUCAGACCUGAAAGUGGGCGAGAAAGUAGCAGCCUUGGACUCUCGGGGCAACGUUGUCUACAGCGAGGUCCUGGCGUUUAUGGACCGCCAGCCAAUGGAGAAGCGACAGUUUAUCAAGCUCACAACGGCAUCCGGGAAACAUUUGACCCUUACACCCGCGCACUUGGUACCGGUCCAGCAGAGCGAUAAGGAGACAGUGACUUUUGCCGCUCGGGUUAAAAUUGGCGACCGUAUCUUGGUCCAGGAUUCUGUUCCAUCAAUUUUAUCUUCUUCUUCUUCUUCUUCUUCUUCUUCUGCAGAAGAGCUCAGAUUACGCUGGGACUCGGUAAUUGAAGCAAAACUAAUCCUUGACAGCGGAGUGUACGCUCCACUCACCAGCGAGGGAACUGUCUUGAUAGACGAUGUUGUUGCUUCUUGCUACGCAGUCGUUGACAGCCAAACUGUGGCCCACUAUGCCUUCAUGCCCUUCAGAGUCUUCCAUUACAUCCAGUCGUCCUUGGAGAGCAUUUACAGCUUCUUUGUGCCCAGUUAUAAUUCAUUUUCUGAAGUUCCGGAGAAGAAAUUAGAAGAAGACGAGGAUUUGGCUACCAACGAGAUCCACGACCGGGAAAUCGAAGACUCUGAACCCCAAGGUGUUCAUUGGUACCCGUCUUUCCUUUACAGAAUUUCUGCAUACGUCCUGCCGUCUUCAAUGAUAUACUAA